CAAGUAUUGAGUACACAAAGAGGUGCAGUGGUUCUUAAAUGGGCUCCAGUAAAAAAAUGGAUCUCACCAUCCAUUUUCUUCCAUCAGCGGGAAGAAACAACACCGGCCGCUACACUGUAUUACUAACCAAUCCGUUCAGCUCUGACAUGCAUCACAGGAACAUCAUAGUGCUGUAUGGACCCGAUAUGCCAGUUCUCAAGGUCAGUCCCACAAAAGCAGUCUUUGUUUCGGGCGAGUCUCUGUUCCUCUCCUCUCAGGCCGAGGGUGGGCCUCCCUCCGCCACAUGGUUUUUCAAUGGCGAGUCCAUCGCAACGUCUUCAACAGGAACAGUCAAUCUCACCAAGUCUCCCAGCGGUGAGCCGCAGUGUUCAGUACAGGCUGUGAAUGGAGGCGCAGCGCUGCAGUUCCUCUGUCUGUGGCCAGGCAGCGCUCCAGAAGCGCAAGAGUCGUUUCCCAGCCUGAGUGUGAAUGCCAGUGGAUACGGCAAUUACAGUAUGACUCUAAAUGACAUUCAGCGGUUAAACGGAUCUGUAAAGCUGAACAUCAGACACAAUGCAGUGUCAUUCCCCGUGGUCCUGUGGAUUUUCUCCCAGUAAUUUUAACCAGCAUGAGUCAAAAUGAACAGACGCUGGUUGUGAUCCAUUGCUCUACUGAAGCCACACCUGAAGCCCUUGUGCAUUGGACCAAGAAUGGAAACCUCUUGCAAACUGGGCCCAAAUACCAGAUCAGUACAAACACAACUCAACUGUUUAUUUAUGAUUUUAAUGUCACUACAGACCUCAACACCUACACCUGCACUGCCAUCAACCCUCUCGGCAACAAAACUGUGGACACUACACUGCUGGGUAUGGAUCCGUUAUAGUUUAUCAUUAGCAAUAAUGGGUUGUUUUGACAUUUCAAAUGUCUAUACUACUGAAAAACUUGAUAAAACGCAAAAAAAACAAACUAUUUUGACUUAUAAAGGCACAUUUUGUCUGCCUGCACUACUAUUUAGAAGU